AUGGCGACUACCAAGGUGCCUAUUUACUCGACCAACGAUCUCAAAGCUGCUAUCGAUGAGGCCGUAGUCCCCUACUUGACCAACCUCCCGGCGCCCUACACCUUCACCCAAGACCACAGCAAGACCAACACACGCUUCGCACUAGGGUACAGUGCCGUCGCGAUCGCGGCGUUCACAUUCUAUGUUGACCGCAAGCUAGGCUGGGAGGCCGCUAAAUCGACAUGGGUCUUGGCCGCCGUUAUUGGGUACUUCAUACUCAACUCAGCCCUCACAUACUGGAUUCUCUACGUUGAGAGUGGGGAGGUAUUUCGCGGAAAGCGAAAGACUGGGGAGACGAUAUCUUUCUCCUCUUCAGUGGUUAAACACUCCGUCUCUUACAAAUUGCACAUCCAAUACAAGUCUCCUACUGGCAAGGUCCUACAGGACAAGCACCUCGAAGCUCCAUUUACCUCAUGGUUUUCGGCAGAUGGCGUGUUCCACCCGGAGGCGUACCGACGCUGGUUGGCAAGUGAGGUUGAUGUACUCAGACUUGCAGCGAAGGCAAAGGAGAAUGAGAAGAAGAACUCCGGUGAUUCCGGACGCUAA